GGAGUGCUGUACACGUGUGUUGUUGGCGGACGGGGGUAACAGACGUCGUGAGCGCGGAACCUCGUGUCCUCUGCCACUCAGGCCAGUCUGUCUACUUUUUGGGCCAUUCUACUGUCUUUCAAGAUUUUGGUUAUUUAGAGGACGCGCUGAUUUCUUCUUUACUUUUAAAAAAGGAAACCAAAACUGACUUGAUAGACUUUUGGUGUUGUGGAUUUAAAUAGUCAUAUCAAAUUUGAAAAAAAACAACCCAAACCAGUUCGUAUGAAAAACGGAGACUAAUAGUGUGAAAAGGCACGUUUUAACACCGUGUUUUGUGUUGUGUUUUCAAUAGAGUCCUUUUUCUUAAAACAUUCUUCGUUGGAGCAUUUCUGGAAGUAGAAUUUUCACGGACGUUCUUUUUCUUUUCCAAGAUGGCCGCGACAAGGAAGUAUUGUCGCCUUCUGGCUGUUUUGUUUUCGUGUGUGGUCAUUUUUUUGACGACAGGUGUACGCUCCCUCGUGCACGAGGUCAACAGCCAGAAUUUAGACAAGUUUCUGUCGGGGAAGUUGUUCACCCUCACCUUUGUUGACUCUCCAUCAUGCACCAGAUGCCGCACGCUGUUUCCAUUCUUCGUUCAGGCCAGCCAGGUGUUCCCCAAUGAUCCUGAAAUCUUCUUCGCCAGGACUCACGACCGAAAACUCCAGGAGAAAUGGGGAGUCACCGAGUUGCCUUCCCUUAUGUUCCACAUGCACGGGCUUGGGAACCACCAGUACCUUGACCUUGACGUAACGGUGGACGAUAUCGUGGACAUGAUUGCUCGUCUGCUGCACGGUAACUUUGCCGGACUCAGCCGCACGUACUCUGUUCACGUGACGCCUGAAAACUUCCAGGAGAUGAUCAUCACGCCAAGGCAACAUGUUCUACUGCUGCUCAAUGACAAGAAGGACACCGAAGAGAGGACCAAUCUAGACCGUGUGGCUUAUGCCUUCAGGAAAGAUGACGCUAUAUUAUUUGCCUCACUGGAUGUGUCCAAGUAUGAGAAGCUGAGAAAUGAAAGGUUCAAAAGUCGAGAGACUCCAGUACUGAUGUGGUUCCAAGCAGACGAGAAAGACACCCCAAAACGAUUUGGAGGCGUCCUUUCCGCAGAGCUCAUCACCAUGUUUGUGAACGAGAGAACCGGACUAAACCGAGACACAGAGGGGGGAAUUCUCCAAGAGGCUGGCAGGAUACCUGCUGCAGACAAACUGCUCAACCAGUACAUUGAGGAUGUCGUUGACCACGUUGAUGAGCGUUUGGUAUCUUUGUCUUCGGCUCUCACAGCGCUGAAACCUAGUCUGGAAGAAUACGAAAAUGAAAUGCUCGACUACUAUCUGUUUGUACUGGACAACAUUGCAAUGGCUGGAAACGUUGCCAUCUUGAGGGAGCUCAUUCGAGGCGAGGAGGAGAAGCUGUCCGAAAAAGAAGAACUUUCCACCAAGCAACGAGAGACGUUGAAACGCCGUAAAAACGUUCUGACCUAUAUGCAGAGCUUGGUCAACGAGGUGAAGGAGUCUAGGAAAAAGAGGAAGGACGACACAAAAAGGAAACAGCAAGAAGAAACUUUAAUCUUGGAGAACCCUAGCAAACACGACCACGUCCACACUGAGCUGUAGUCUUAUUGGCAUUAGUUUUUGUGAAACUCAUCACAUAGCGUAACUGGAUGUGAGAAUAUUGUUACUUUCAUUAUACCAUUA